AUGGUUUUCAUGGGAGAAAACUGGAUGGAAGGAGCGUCUGUGGCUAUGAUCGCAACGAUCGCGGGCGUGAUUCUUGAAGUGUUUGUCUCCCGUGACGACUGGCGAUCGGACUCUUCGCUGAUGGGGGAACUCGAGUUCUUGCGGGAACUGAUCGGACCGGCGGCGUUUUCGACUCGGGAGUGGAUACCCAUCCUCCAACUGCUGCGUCGAACAAGUCUGAUGACUGUUCAGACUGCUUUGAGAAAGUUGCGGGACUGUGUCUUACUGCCGGAGGCUCGUUCGCGGUGGAAGGACCUCGUUCAGAGUGCGGCGGAGAUGUGGGCGUCUGAGCCUGGGGUUCAGCCAGAAAUCAUCCCCGUUGUGAACCUCGAGUGGUUGGGAACGCCUCUUGGUCAUGCCAGCGAUGUGUUGCGGGAGCUCUCCGAAGGUGUCGUACUGUACAUGCCUCGGUCGGUCAAGGAGCAACUCGUACGCGAACGUUUGGGGUCUUUCAGUAGGCCCGUUUGGUCUGGGUUCUUUGCCGACAUGGACCUACUCGAGCGACAAAUGAUCACUCGUCAAACAUGGGAAAGGCGAUUUACGUUGCGUAGGAAUUUCGCUCUUUCGUGGUUGAACGAGUGGACCAAGCCCGGGACGGACAAGAUGUUGCGAAUGCGUGGGUUGAUCUUCGGUCUUCAUCUCGAUCUACCCGGUGGAGCAGCAUUGGUACCGCGGAAUGUGCCAUUUGCCUAUUCGCGGCCCGCAGGUUUCACCGAGAGGAGUCUAAGCGAAGAGCGUGCUGUUCGCGAGGUAGUAGAUCUUUUCGAGAUACCCGACCCGGCAGUGGAUGUUGCGGACAUGGAUCUCGAUAUUGGGGAUGGUCCUGGGCCUGACGCGGACGCUGCUACAGGAGAAGACGCCGGGGACGACGGGAAUACCGGACGAGGGGGAGAAGGGACUGACGAGUCCAACAACAACAACAACGGAGGAGGAGCUGACGAGCCCCCCGAGAAGAACGUGGACGAGGAGGUCGCUGCGAAGUCCAAAUCAAGGACUCCCGGAUCGAAGGAGAGCAGCCCGGCAAAACCCCGUACGAGCAAGAACAGUGCGGGCGUGCUUUCGGCCGGGUUGCCCAAGGAUAGGGAAGAGUCCGAUGACUCUGACUACGCCGACUCUGAAAAAGGCGAUAACGGCGACUCGGGCGAUUCUGACGAUGCGGACGCCUGGGAAGAAGGCGGAUCCUGCGUGAAGAAGCUUGGGGACAAGAAGACCGCGGGAAGGCCAGGAGCGGGAGUCGCUUGGACUCACCAGAUCGGGCCGGCUCAAGACGUCAAUUUCUUCGUCAAGUCGAACGACCAAUACCGCUCGUCCAGCAAGAGCAAGGUCGCGCUGGAGUGGGGCCAGGACGACGAUUGGGUAGACCCAACCUUGAUCUUGCCUUCAAAAGCGAGUGAUAAGAAGUCCUGUGCCACGAAGAAACAGGCCUCGGACGCCCGGUCGAAGAAAGCGGGAGAUAUUCGCGACGCCAUUCACGACAAGUUGAUCGACGCAGCAAGGACAACCGGUACCGUCGGUCUCUACAUGCAGGUGUAUCCGGGUAGGAUGGGUGUAGAGAUGGCGAUAACGCCAAACCUUGAUCCCCAAGAAGCGGAGUGGAAGCGUUUGGCUUACGAGUUCUUCGACUACACGAGUGAGAUUUCGGCCGACUGGGCUAGGAGGAUCCGGGAGAAGGAAGAGGGGUUCAACGACGAAGAGUAA